ACCUUACCUACUUAUCCACAACCUACCAACCUACAACCUAAAACCUACUACCUACAACCUAACCUAACCUUUUACCUAGAAUUCCUGCGGUUGCAUAUUCAUAUCAACAGCCCCACAAUUGUCAAUCAGACCUUAUAUUGACGAAUACUGGACCCUCUUCGUUCUUUGUGCUGAAUACCAAGGUUAAGCCCUGAAGAAACUGACAACAUCAUGGUGCACUCAGUUUUUCUGGUUGGUGCACCCCCAUGUUGAUAUGAUCCAUUCCAAGUCAAUUAAAGACUAAGGUUGAUCUGUGUUUUCAACUUUGCCCUUUGGACUCAAUUUGAAUCCCAUCAUGGCUGGCAGUGUAAAAGCACUGAUUCUGCUGGCAUUUGCCGGAUCGUUGGGCCUCAUGUUCCUGCUCCUGGCCUGUGCUCUGCCUCAGUACAACAACUGGUGGCCUCUGUUUGUCAUUGUGUUCUACAUACUGGCGCCGCUGCCGUACUCGAUCGCCCGCCGCCAGCGGGAUGACCUGGGCAGCAGCAGUAGCGUCAUGGAGCUGGCCAUCUUUUUCACUGCCGGCAUCGUCAUCUCGUCGUUCGGCCUGCCGAUCGUGCUGGCGCACGCAGGGCCGGUGAUUCAGUGGGGCGCCGCGGCGCUGGUCAUGACUGGAAACCUCGUCAUGUACGUCACCAUCGCCGGAUUCUUCCUGGCCUUCGACGGCGAUGCCGACUCGUGGAACUACUUCUAGUCGGACUCGUGGAACUACUUCUAGUCGGAGGUCGGGGUCGGCUGGCUGGUCACGGACCGCUGUGCCGCACAGUGCCUCGAGUCCGGCCGACCGUGACGGCGGGGCUCUUCCACAACGCCCCGCCGUGGGGUCUUUCUCAUGUGAUGUGGACGCUUGCCCCCAUCGGGCGCGCCCCAUGUCCCCCACGCCACGCGCCCAGCACAUUUGUGCACAGUGCUUCUAGUGCGACGACGGCUGUUAUUACUGCUGAGAAUGCCGGGUCCUGAAUCUGAUGUUACACCAGCUAUUGUCAAUCGCCUUUUCUCGUGGUGGCAUUAUUGGUAGGAUUAUUUGCGAUAUUUCCGUACUUGUUUCCUUUCAACACGAAGUAUAAUGUUUUGUGCAUUAUUAUUCAUGCUUUUUGUAUAAAUGUGCUUUUUAUGGUUUUCCCCCAUGGCAUUGUGAACACUGAUCAAUGACUGUGAUGCUGCUGAAUGCUGUUGUGUCGUGUCCUAGAUUACUUUUUACCUUGGUGUGUGCUAUUUUCGCUGCUUGUGCUUGCAAACAUUACAUAUAACGUCGUAUUUAUAAUAGCUAAACACAUUGCACCAUAGAGUACGCCGACUGGGAUGUGUUUUCUAAUUACUGGCUGCUGAGAUACGAUAACUCGAAAAGUAGGGUGCUGGGGUGUGACCAAGGCUAUAUGGUGUGGGCACCCAUCUUCGAGGGCUGCAGCGUUUGGCAGCGGGUGCUAACAGAGUUCAAAUGAGUUCGAUUUGGAAACCAAACCUCUGGUACCUUCCGCUAUAAGGCAUAUUGAUAUGGGUGAGAUGUAUUCAUGAGCUGCGAGGGUUUUCCUCGCAUCGUGCUUAUGUGCUACGCGCCUAUCAAUUCGACAUGCAGUCCGUUUAAAUACGCAAAUAUAAAGGCAAGGGAGCUUC